AUGGGUGUAGCUCUCAACUGUGGCUCCUCGGACAUAACCAUCAUGCCGCUUGAGGUCGAAUCCUCUGAAACAAUCGACAACGGGCCAAGAUCUCUUUUCAAGUCAUCUAACAUCUGGUUUUCUCGACCAAGGAGUACCGCAAUCCGCUUGCGGGCGCCCAUUUCUCCUGAGAGGUUCUUUACCGUUACUUUCAUGCAGUUUCAACUGAUCCUCCUCACACUUAAAGCCUUUUCGGGUAGCGAGUGUAGAAGUAAAAAUUUCGCGCCGCCCACUAGCAAGAUCAAGAAAACGAGACACCACUCAAAGAUCGUCACCCAGCAAGCCUCACAACCUUGUGUAUUGAUGUGGCAGAUGACCGUGGACAGGAGUGAUCGCCGGAUACUUGGAGGAUGUCGGCAGAAGUCAAGUUGGCUCGAUAGUACCGUUCGGUGGGGCCAUGAUCUCAAACAUACCACGGGUUGUUCGGAGACUUGGCAUCUCUUCCAUUCCGCUCGUUUGCAUGCCCUGUAUAUGGGGCCACGCUGUGUUAGUCAAAUUGAUUUGGUCUGCAUGCACGUGGUUACAGUGAUCGUUCUUCAAUCACUAAUGUCUUACUUUUAUGAAAGGCCCAAGAUCACCAGUGUGAAGAAAACACGUCGACAUGAGGAUGAUGCGCACUAUAAUUCAGAAUCAGAGCUUGAACUCAAAGGCCUUGACAACAACCGAGGGACAAAGCGUGUUCGAGAGGAGGAGCCGCCCGCAGGUCCAAGUGCAGAGGCAAAGUGUCGAUACCAGGGUGCAUCUAUCGAGAUGGCAAAAUGGAUGCCUGAGCUUGGGUGCCUCCUCAAUUUGAUGUUUUCACGGGAAGUUGGACCCAACACACCAUGCCGUUGUGGUUCUGCCCCUUCAGUUCGAUGCCAAGAAUGCAAACACAACCCUUACUCAUGCCGUGAAUGUCUUAUUGAGGACCACAUUCACCAGCCGCUUCACUGGGUUGAAGAAUGGAAUGGUCAAUACUUCGCUAAAUGUUCGCUCUCAGCUAUUGGAUCUGUAUUUUACUUUGGGCACGAUGGAGCCAUUUGCCCCCACACCCCAACUAGUCAUCAGGGGAAGUCACUUUCGAUGACGAUCCUUCACACGAAUGGAGUCCACAGUUUUCCCUCAGAUGUUGCACUUGGAUCGAUUUUUGCCUCAUCGAAGUCCUGGAACACUGGGAGCAAGCUGUGUCGCAUGCCCGCAUCCUGGUUUCAAUAUGGCACCAGACUGGAAAUCAACUCCAAAAGAGCUUGCGUUGGGUUCAAAGCAGGAGACAUGAGACGUCUUACCCAACAGAAGGGAGUUGAUGUCACUGGGAUCGUAGCAGUUGUUUGUGCUUGCCACGCCAUCUUCCGUCCAGGGGCAAUGGUUGAUCUCUAUGUUGGAGAGCGGUACUCACAUGUUGACUAUGCUGUCGCUAACGCCCUAUCUGGUGUACCUCCUGAGCUCUGGACCACGCUCACUUAUGAUGUUGCUUGCCAGUACUCCAUCAAUUUCAUGAAACGUAUGAAAAGCUAUUUCGGGCAUCUUGUCGACAUUGCUUUCCCAUCUAUGCAUCUUCUCGCACACAAGGAAGACUGCCAAUUUCGUUAUGCACUUGCAUAUGCAGAAGGCGUUGGGAGGACACAUGGAGAAACAGUUGAACAUCCAUGGUCGGAGGGAAAUCAAGCAGGUGGAAGUACACAGGAGAUGAAUGCAGGACAUCAUCAUGACACGCUUGAUGAAUUCCAUGGCUUCUGGAAUUGGAUGAAAAUUCAGAAAAUGGGUGAUUACCUAUGUGGCCGACUUGUCGAAGAGUAUAGGGAACUCAGGGAAGUCACUGAAAAUUUUGAUCUUGCAAACGAGGCAAUUUCUGAGGAGCUCUGCUCAGAAUGGGCAAAGCUAUCCACCCAACCAAUGCAGGGUGCAAAAAAACAAUGGCAGAGUGUAUUCCACUAUAAAUCUGGAAAAUACUGUGAGGUGAGCGCCACAAAGGCAGAGGUUGGAGAAGUAUCACUUUCCACUGCGACCAACUCUAUAAAGCAAGGCAGCACUGCAUUUAUUAACGGUGGAAUCACUUUGUUGCUUCGUCAUGAUGAACCGGAACUCGCUGAGAAUCCUGAGGAUCAAGAUUUGGGACUACCUUCUGACUUUGACCAGGGGGAUCGGGAACGACUUUGUCUUGACUCGUUUGCCCAGAUCGAAAAGUCCCUGCUUGAGGGGCUGGCCCAUGAUGCCUUGGCAGCUGUUCGUGAACACAUCAAGCACAAAAAGGCCUACCUCCAACUGAAGGAUGAGGUUAUCCGCAAUCAGGGAGCGAACACACGUGCACAGGGAAUUCUCAAGCGUGCACAAAAUCUUACGCUCACGCAUGCGAAUCGGUACAAUUUCAUUCGCGAACGACUUCUCCUACUUGGGCUCUCUGCCAAUGACAGCACCUUUCGGCCCCUGUCAACAAAAGACGAUCUUUGGAUGUAUAGCUUCAACACUUCACGUACCCGUCGUUCUGAAGGUUUGGAACCAUGGUAUUGGACCAUGCGACCAGUUGGUAAUGCCACAGACAAGGAAAUGCAGGAAUGGAUGCUCGAAGAUUCUCAGUGGAUCGCGUCCGAUGGUUUCAUCAGCGAGCCUUGCGCGAUCAUCACCAUGAGGAAGUCAACAUUUUGA